GCCGCGUCCGUAUAAUGCGCACUUUCUUGAAGCCUAAAACCAAAUCUUUGCUUUGAUUUCCUGCCCUCAAUUCCAUACCAAUACCCUACACCACCAGAUCAUACAUACUCUCCACUCUCGCUCCCUCCCUCUUUUAGGCGAUUGUUGAAGAAAGUGAAGGGUUAGUGUCUGUUAUAUUGAAUGGGGAAAGGUACAAGAUGCAAGUCUGGGUCCCACCAGAUAUUCAAAGAUAGGGCUAAGAGCCGCGUGGAGGAUCUGCAAGUCAUGUUUACUGAUCUGCAGUGCGCGCGCAAGGAGAGCCGUGGGAUCGAUGUGGCCGUCGUUGAAGAACAGGUUUAUCAGAUGCUUAAAGAAUGGAAGAAUGAACUUAAUCAACCGUCGCCCGCUUCUUCUUUGCAGCAGGGUGCAAGUGUGGAGCUUUCUUCUCCGGAUAUAAGUAGGCUUUUGCAGCUAUGCAAUGAUGAAGAUGAUGAUGCGACUAGUGGAUUAGCUGCCCCGAAACCUGAUCCCGAUGGGCAUAAAUCUGGUGAAAAUGCAGCUUUUCAUGAGUUGCAGGAUUUUGCUGUUACCCAAACGCCACAGGAACAAAGUUUUCAAAAACACAAAGGCUCUCCUUCAGGGGUUAACAACAACAACAAUAUGGACACCAUCGCAAAUCAACUGGACAAUUUCUCAUACGAUCUACCUCUAGAUUUCGACCCCAUAUUUUUUAGUGGCGGGUUAGACGGCAUGGGUCAAGAAAACGAUCUACCUCCGCAAAUGCCAGGGUAUUAUCCCACAAUAAGCCCACCACCUUUUGCUUUCUUGGGCCCAAAAUGCGCUCUUUGGGAUUGUCCCAGGCCCGCACAAGGGUGGUGCUCCGAUAGGCCCGUUCAAGGGUGGUUCCCUGACUAUUGCAGUGGCUUGCAUGCUGCAACUGCUCAAAAUGAAGGUCAGUUUGGGAUGACACCGGUAUUACGACCUAAAGGUAUCGAGUUGAAGGAUUCUUUGCUUUUUGCUGCUCUUAGUGCCAAAUCACAGGGGAAAGAUGUCGGUGUUCCGGAAUGUGAGGGGGCCGCUACUACUAAAUCCCCGUGGAAUGCGCCUGAGCUUUUCGAUCUCUCGGUUUUCGAUGGCGAAACACUACGCGAGUGGUUAUUUUUCGAUAAACCGCGAAGGGCAUUCGAGAGUGGUAACCGAAAACAGAGAUCACUCCCGGACUACAACGGGCGUGGCUGGCACGAAUCACGAAAACAGCUCAUGAACGAAUCCGGGUGGCUAAAAAGAUCCUAUUACAUGGACCCUCAACCCAUGAAGUUCCUCGAAUGGCACCUUUACGAGUAUGAAAUCAGCAAAUCCGAUCCUUGUGCGUUGUAUAGACUCGAACUCAAGCUCGUUGACGGUAAGAAAACCCCGAAAGGAAAGAUUGCAAACGAUUCCGUUGCGGACCUUCAAAAGCAAAUGGGAAGACUUACUGCCGAGUUUCAAUUGGAAAACAACAAAAAUAACAAUAAAAAGUCAGUUAAAGUUCGGGGAAAAGCCAGUUUGAAAGACAAUAGUCCCGGUUCAACCAUCUAUCCUGGUUCGAACCCAAGCCCACCAAAUGACGGUCUUGAUUCGUUUAACUAUCUUAUUGAUGACGUUGGCGGCUACUACAUGACCUGAUGGUAAGAGUUUCGAGAGGUAUGAACUAUGAAGUCGUGUUUAUCUUAUUAGGGGCGAAUUGCAAAGCUCAAGUAGCCUCAUAUAUUGUUUAUGUAGUCAAAGUCAAAGUCAAACGUGAGUGCGUUAAUAGUGCUUGAUUUUUAGGCGGAGCACGAUUCUAACUGUUGGAAGGUGGUAUUAUAUGAAAAGUGAAGACAGUUGCUUGCUGGUGGUGUUGCUUACUUUGUUUUUUUGGACCGGGUUCUCUUAUGAUGGUAAACAACGUUAGUAUCGUGUCGGUUGUUGCCAUAUUUAAGGUAUAUGGUUGCCUCAAGUUAUAAGACUUUGAUUUGGUGGUAAAUCAACUAAAAACAUUAUGUAACUUGUGGUCAGUUGGGUAUAUAUGAAUUUCUGACUCCUGAGGUCAUAUGUUGGUUUUUGU